AUGCGAGGUCAAUUGCCUCUGUUGAGGGCAGCGCGGCCUCUGGGAAGGGUACGGCCCUCCUGGGUCUGCGUGCAGUGUCGCGCGAUCCAGCUCAGCGCAUCGCCAUCUACCGAGUCUCCUCGCUUGGGAGGUGAUGCCUUCGGCGCCGCGGUCGAGGCAAGAGACCCAGCAGAUGCUCGAUUCGAAGUGCUCGGCUCUCCCUACUCUCUCCUCUCCGUCACCCUGUCAGCCUCCCAGAAGCUCUACACGAGGAGAGGCACGCUUGUAACAGUAGCAGGCAAAGCAGAGAAUACCCAAUCUACCCUCCGACUUCUCUCGCCCUUCCGCCAUGCCCUCCUUGCCAUGCCAUUUCUCUACCAGCGGAUAUCCUCCACAUCUCCCGUGACAGCUUUAAUCGCUACCAAGUCGCCCAACACCACAUUCUCCAUCCUGCACCUUGAUGGCACCACCGACUGGCAGGUCGCCCAACGAAAUGCUCUCCUCGCCUGGACGGGCCACACCUUGAGCAUCACACCUCGAAUCCAGCGCGGUCUGGCACCAGCACACUGGGGAAAUCAUCAUAUUACAGGCAGGGGUCUAGUCGCAUUGGCUGCGCCGGGACAGAUAUACCAGGUCACGCUAGGUCAGGGCGAGGAGCUGGUUGUGCACCCCAGCCACGUCGUCGCGUACAGCGUCGACAGGAACCUGCCGUUGCCCUUCCGAUUCAAGAGCUCCUCCUGGACGUUACAGAUCCCAUCACUUCCCGAGAGCCUAGUGCCGAAGGGGUGGGCCAAGUUCUGGAAGGAUACGAAAGAGACAGGUUUCUACAAAUUCCUCGCUCGGGUGCUGUACAGCUUGCGGACAACAGCCAGGAGAUCCAUCUUCGGAGACCGGCUCUUCCUGCAGUUCAAGGGCCCAACGACAAUACUGAUGUCGAGCCGAGGCGUCAGAGUCAGUGACGUGCUGACUGGGGAGCAAAUAAACGAAAUCGCAGACGCCGAGGCUGGCGUGGUGCCAAAAGCAGUCGAGGCAGCUGCUAUGCCGCAGAAGCCAGUGGCCAGCUCCGAACCAGUUACCGGCGCAGGCACACCGGGAUCAUCGGCUGAGAAACCGUUGGCUAUGCACGUGGCUACGGUGGGCAAGGAUGGGAAGGUUCACUUUGAGGACAGCAAAGACCUGAAGGACUUUGUCAGAUCAUGA